AAGCAAUAAUGAAGUAAUCAUGCACUCUUUCUUCCCAAAGGAUAUAUCUUACUUAAACUCUUGAUUAUAUGAAACUUCCAAUUUCAAGCAUAUAUAUCAAUCUACCCCCAUCAAAUCAAAUAAUGUUUCUCCUCCUAUAAAUAGAGCUAGCAAAAGACAAUUAUUUCACAUUAUCACAUGAAAAAAGUAUUAUCAACUCCUUCCACAAAAAUGGCAUUCCUUAAUGGCUUAGAGUCUACACAAGAUCUCCUCGACGCCCAAGCUCAUGUCUGGAGCCACACUUUCAACUACAUAAACUCGAUGUCCCUAAAAUGUGCGGUUCAAUUAGGCAUACCCGACGCCAUCCACAAACACGGCGCCCCUAUGACGCUUUCCCAACUAGCCGAUGCCCUCUCCAUCAACAACACCAAAUCCAACGGCCUUUUUCGUCUAAUGCGGAUUCUAGUCCAUUCCAAGUUCUUUGACAAGGUCAAGGCCUUGUCUGAGGACGAGGACAAGGAAGAGGAAGAGGCUUAUUGUCUCACACUUGCUUCUCGUUUCCUUGUGAAAGACGAGCCCUUGAGCAUGGCGACUUUUGUAGUCGCCAUGAUCGACCCCACCUUCGUCGAUCCAUUCCAUCAUGUGAGUGAAUGGUUUGGCGACGAUAACCCCUCUCCAUUUUUCACUAAAAAUGGGAGAAAUGUUUGGGAGUAUGCUCGGGUCGAGCAAAGCUUCAAUCAACUGUUUAACGAGGCAAUGGCGACUGAUGCAAGACUUGUGACUAGCAUACUUGUUCAAGAAUGCAAGCAAGUUUUCGAAGGGCUGGAAAUGAUGGUGGACGUCGGAGGUGGCACGGGUAUCGUGGCGAGAGGCGUGGGGGCCGCCUUCCCGGGCUUGAAAUGUGUUGUGCUGGAUCUACCACAUGUUGUUGCUGGCUUGGAAGGGUCUGACAAGUUGAGCUUUGUUGGUGGGGACAUGUUUCAGUUCAUUCCGAAUGCAGAUGCAGUUUUUCUCAAGUGGAUUUUGCAUGACUGGAAUGACGAAGAAUGUGUUAGAAUACUAAAGAAAUGUAAAGAAGCCAUAGCGGGGAGUAAGAAGAAUGGAAAGAAGGUGAUUAUUGUGGAUAUAAUUGUGGGUGAUAAAGGAGAAGAUGAUAAAACAACUGAAUCAAAGCUCCUUUUUGAUGGUAUGAUGAUGGCUGAGGUUACAGGGAAAGAAAGAAGUGAGAAAGAGUGGGCCAACCUCUUCUAUACUUCUGGAUUCCAAAAAUAUAAUAUCACUCCCUUAGGAUUAAGGUCUGUUAUAGAGGUUUUUCCUUAGUUUUUGUGUUCCUGUUUCUUCUACUACUAUAUGCACCAUGCCCUAUUUAAAUUCUUAAUAUUUUUGAAUUCAUACAUAUAUAUAUAGAUGUAUUCAUUUCUUUUUCCUAUA